ACAUCACCUCAGUGCAAUCGGAGCCCCCCGACCCCUACGGUCGAAGAGCCAUCAUGUCUCGAGACGAGCCGAUAUUACACUCGCGCAGGUUGCUUUGAUGGGGACACGAGAUGGGAAUUCCCUGCUGGGGACGUAAGAUGCCCGAUCCAUGGGCCGAUUGAGCCGCCGUUGGCUCUGACUUCUCGACAUAGUCCAAGGGUAUAACUGAUGUCGCUCAAUCCCCAGCUGCCCUCCACGAAAUGUCUUAGACAAGUCAGAUUCCACCAACUUCUCAGACCUUCAAUGCCAGAUGACGACAUCCAGCCUCCUCCGUGGUCCACGCGCAGCAACAUUAGGUGCUCUCGCCGCCGCCGGGCUGGGGUUCGCUCUUCUUCGCGGCGUUCGCUGCGCGGAGCCGUCUGCUAAAGCGUCCGCUCAUUGUACGGGGUCUGGUCCCGUCGAGGUCGCCAAGCCGGCUGGCCGUCAGAACAUGUUGAAGCCAAUCGCUUCCUCGCGGGUCUUCUCCUCGGGCCUGAGCAUGGUGUCUUUGCGCCUCAAGAGCAGCGAGGAAGUCACCCACGAUGUGAAGCGGCUGCGUUUCGAAUUCCCAGACCCGGAAGCUGUCAGUGGGCUUUCGGUGACCUCCUCACUGCUGACCGUCUCCUGGCCCCACGAUAGUUUCUUCCCGACUCUGAGGCCUUAUACCCCUGUUAGUCGAUUGGACGUACCUGGGCAUCUGGACUUGCUCGUGAAGCGGUACCCCAACGGCAAAGCAAGCACAUACCUACACUCCCUGAAGCCCGGGCAGUCUCUUCGGUUCGUUGCCGCUCUGCCGGGAUAUCCGUGGACGCCCAACCAGCACCCGCACGUUGUCCUGAUCGCGGGGGGCGCGGGCAUCACGCCCAUCUAUCAGCUGGUUCAGGCCAUCUUCCUUCAGAACCGCGACGACAAGACGCGCGCCACACUCGUGUUUGGCGCCAACAACGACCGCGACGUGCUCUUGAAGGCGGAGCUCGACGCCAUCCAGGAGAAGUUCCCCGACCGCUUCAAGGUCGUCUACACCGUCAGCAACCCGGAGCCCGGCUCGCCGUUUCAGCGGGGCCGUGUGACCAAGGAGCUUUUGGCGAAGGUUCUCGACGACGACGAAGCGGCCAGGGCGGGAACUACCAAGGUCUUGAUCUGCGGGCCGCCGGCGAUGGAGAGCGCUCUUGUUGGGACACGACGUCGGUUCGGCAGGACGCCGGGGAUCUUGGAAGAGCUUGGGUUCAGAAAGGACCAGAUCUGCACCUUCUAGUCUGCACAUAGCAUGUUUCAUAGAGUAGAACCCGGUGGUCGAGCAGUGUUCCAUGUGUUCUCUGUUGCUCACCUGGGUAUGGACGUGUCUCUAAAAGAAAGGGAGAUAGAUGCACAAUAUGAAGCUGGCCUCCUGGACUCACUCAACCUGUAGCUAAAAAAUUGAA